AUGGGACCCCGGGCCUGGGAAGUCUGCUCCCUCAUCAUCCUGCCAUGGCUCCUGGCUGAGCCGGCUGAGAACUCAGACUUCUACUUGGCUGGGGAUUACCUCCUCGGCGGCCUCUUCACCCUCCAUGCCAACGUGAAGGGCAUCGUCCACCUCAACCUCCUGCAGGUGCCCCAGUGCAAGGGGUAUGAAAUAAAGGUGUUGGGCUACGAUUUCAUGCAGGCCAUGAGCUUUGCAGUGGAGGAGAUCAACAGCCAGAGCAGCCUGCUGCCUGGCGUGCUGCUGGGCUACAAAAUGGUGGAUGGCUACAUCUCCAACAAUGUCCAGCCCGUGCUCCACUUCCCGGCAAAGGAGGACUGUUCCUUGCCCAUCCAGGAGGACUACAGCCACUGUGUGCCCCGUGUGGUGGCUGUCAUUGGCCCUGGCAACUCUGAGUCCACUGUAACUGUGGCCCACUUCCUCUCUCUCUUCCUCCUUCCACAGGGGAGGCCCCUGGGUCCUGGGAUCACCUACAGCGCCAUCAGUGACGAGCUACGGGUCAAGCAGCGCUUCCCGUCCCUUCUGCGCACAGCGCCGGGCGCCGAUCACCAGAUCGAGGCCAUGGUGCAGCUGAUGUACUUCCGCCGGAACUGGAUCAUCGCGCUGGUGAGCAGCGGCGACUGCGGCCGCGAUGACAGCCAGCUGCUCAGCGAUCGCCCGGCCGGCGGCGACACCUGCAUCGCCUUCCGGGAGACGCUGCAUAACCAGGCGGUGACGCAGUGGGAGCGCCGGCGCCUGAAGGCCAUCGUGGAUGAGCAGCAGCGGCAGAGCUCUGCGCGUGUCGUGGUCCUGUUGUCGCCAGAGCUGGUCCUGCACAACUUCUUCCGCGAGGUGCCGCAGAACCUCACGGGCGUCGUGCCGAUCGCCUCUGAGUCCUGGGCCAUCGACCCGGUCCUGCACGACAGGCCCACGCACUGCACAGCCUCCUGGGCUGCACCCAGACCAGCCGCUCAGGGUCGUCUAUCCCUGGCAGGUCUGGACGAUUCAGAGGAUGGAGACCAAAGAGCACCAAUCAUGGCAACUCAUUUCCUGAGCACCUGCGAUGUGCCGGGCCCAGGCUGGGCACUGCGGGUGCCCCGGACCCUCACCCUGGGAAGGACAAGGACAGUCGGGAAGAUCUGUCUCUGCCGAGUGCUGCAGGAGCUUCGCUUCCUUUCCCUGUGGCCUCUCCAGCUGCUUCAGGAAAUCUGGAAGGUCAACUUCACCCUCCUGGGCCACCAGAUCUUUUUUGACCAGCGAGGGGACCUACUCAUGCGCCUGGAGAUCAUCCAGGGACGGUGGGACCUGAGCCAACCUUUCCGGAGCAUCGCCUCCUACUGCCCGGUGCUACGACGGCUGAGGGCCAUCUGUGACGUCUCCUGGCACACGGCCAACAACACGAUCCCUGUGCCCAUGUGUUCCAAGGACUGCCAGCCUGGGCAAAGGAAGAAGCCCGUGGGUAUUCAUCCCUGCUGCUUCGAGUGUCUCGACUGCCUUCCAGGCACCUUCCUCAACCAUCUUGCAGACGAGUUUGGCUGCCGGCUCUGCCCGAGUUGCGGGUGGUCCCGGAGGAACGAUGCUUCCUGCUUCAAGCGGCGGCUGGCCUCCUUUGAAUGGUGCGAGGCACCCGCCGUCGCUGUGGCCGUGCUGUCCAUCCUGGGCUCCCUCCGCACACUGGCCAUCCUGGUGAUCUUCUGGAGGCACCGCCACGCGCCCAUGGUUCGUUUGGCCGGGGGCCCCAGGUGCUUCCCGAUGCCACUGCUGCUGGCAUAGGUGACGGUCCCCAUGUACGUCGGGCAGCCCACGUUUUUCAUGUGCCUCGGCCGCCAGACCCUCUUCACCCUCUGCUUCACCGUCUGUAUCUCCCGUGUCACCGUGCGCUCUUUCCAGAUCGUCCGCGUCUUCAACAUGGCCAGGCACCUCCCGCGUGCCUACGGCUACUGGGUCCGCUACCACGGGCGCUGUGUAUUUGUGGCGUCCUUCACGGUGCUCAAGGUGGUCAUCAUGGCGGGCAACGUGCUGGCCACGACCGCCGAGCCUGCCGCCCGCCCCGACCCCGAUGACCCCAAGAUCGCGGUUCUCGCCUGCAACUACCACAACGUGCUGCUGUUCAACACCAGCCUGGACCCGCUUCUGUCCGUGGCGGGCUUCAGCUUCGCCUACGUGGGCAAGGAGCUGCCCACCACCCACAACGAGGCCAAGUUCUUCACCUUCCGCAUGACCUUCUGCUUCACCUCUUCCAUCUCCCUCCGUACCUUCAUGUCUGUCUACGAGGGGGUCCUGGUCACCAUCCUGCACCUCGUGGUCGCAGUGCUCAACCUUCUGGGCGCUUUGCUCCUGGGCUACUUCAGCCCCAAGUGCUGCGUGGUCCUCUUCUACCCGGAUCGCAACACGCCCGUCUACUUCAGCAGCAUGAUUCAGGGCUACACCACCGGGAAGGACUAG